CAACAGUGAAUUUGGCCUACCCGCCAACAAAUGGCAAAGUCUUGUCUCGGAUAUCUUCAGUAUCAUUGUGAGGAGUCUUAAGGCCGGCCGCUCGCCAUCAGACAUAAAUAUCUGCAAAGAGUCCAAUGGAUAGCUUGAAUUGAAGACAACCGGAUCAGUAUUACCGUUUUUUGCCAUGUAUAAUGCGCAAAAUUUAACUAAUUUAUUGUCCUAAAAUCUGGGGUGCGCAUUAUACAUGGGUACAAAAAAAAUAAAUACAAAAUUUAUUUUAUUUUUUAUCCGGAUGUGGUACGGAGGCCGCCAUUACAGAUGCGCUUUCUUCUCUGCUGUUCACUUCAAACACGCUCCGUACGAACACAAUGCUCUCGUAUCAGACAAGGCUUGCUCGAUCACCUGCUCGUUUGCUGUCACAAUGUACCCUACACAAAUCCCAAACAUUUCUUCGCUAUCGAGUUUGCUAGCGCAUGCGCAGUGAUACUGACCGGCAGAAUAACAUCCGGUUGUUCCCAAAGAUGAUCUUUUUUCUGAAAUAAUUUUACAUUUACAGACUUAAGUAGGAGUCCAAAUUUGAGUGCGUAUUAUACAUGGGUCCAGGCUUUUUUCCAGCACCAACAUGCCAUUUCUAGGGACGAUGUCGUCGACGUGGAUGACAACGCCUCGCGGCGACUUUGUCGGGUCACCGUGACGACCGCCACUCUUCACACCACUGCUCCGUGGUUUUUUUAGGUUUUGAUUUUUGUCAGCUGGAUAAGAAAAUCGAAACCUAAAGAAAAAAUGGCGCGGAUGGCCGUGUCGUCUGUGUUUUUCCCUUCCCCGGGCGGUGUGACGAGUCCCCCCGUCGCCUAAAAGUCGCUGUCCCGCCGGCUGAAGCUUCGGCGUGCGUGGCUGAGGAGUCCGCGGUGGAGUGGUCGAGGCCGCUCUCCCUGGUGAGAAAAGUAACAGACAAGCUCCAUGCCCUCCUGGUCUCCGUGGCAACUGAAUGCCAGUGAAAACGCCCCGUGUGUCACGUGACAGCCAGCACCUCCAAGCUAACUUUGAAGUGCCGACAACACAGAGAUCAACGAGGUCCAGGCGGAAUCCACAAAGGAGAUGUCCAAGACUUGAAGAAAGAGCAACUCGCUUGGCCUAUGAGCAGGCUUUUGGGACAGCUGCCGUUCCAACGAUGGCUGGUCACGGUUUUCAAGAAACACUUUUCCAGUCCUGGUUUUUGGAACGGGCGGCCAUUUCUCUCCCGGUGAACACGUGCGUAUGUGCGUCUUUGGUCUUGGCCGCAAACGCGAAUGCCAGAGCGAGGGACGUCCCGCGGUGGCCAUUUUGCAACGCUCCGUUUGACUUUGUGAAGGUUUUGAAACGGAUCCACGUCUCCGCCGUAUCAAGACUGGCGGCUUUUGCCAGGCGUGGAAAAAUGGUGGCAAUGAAACUCUUGAUGUCUUGCUUGCUGCUGUUAUGCAAGCGGCGCAUCUCAGUGGGCCACCACUGUUUUGAGUUGCAUUGAAUAAAAAAUGUUUUGGAUUUAUCCCAUUUAAGUUCAGUAUCAGCUGACAUAUGCGCUGGACUGCCCUAAAACGGGCCCUCUCAAGAUGACUUCCAGCUUCGCGCUUUGAAAAUGGCACUUUAAUCAUGACUGUUUUAGCAAGGUGGCCAAAACAAAUGUGGCUGGGGCUGAUUCUCUGGUUCCAUUUUCGGUGCCAAGCUGUCUGGCCCGUCAUCAUGACAGCGUCAUGGGGUCUCAUCCGGCCCGUGGAGAGAGACUGCAUUCAUUUACUGCACUGCAAUUUUGCAAUCGAAGCGAUUGUCAUUGCUCAUUGUGCCCACCAGAGGGCGCACUUCAGCCCGACGCAGUCCAACUUGCGUGUUGCUUCUUGAGCUUCGCUCUCAUUUGACAUAAGAGUUGAAGUGAAAGAGUUAAGUUGUUAAGUUGGGGGCUCACCUGACCUGACAGCGCCCCGCCCCCAGCCACCCACCCACAAUCCGCACGAGGCUCUGCGCUGCGCUUCGCAACUUUACUUCGCUCUCACGCGUGGAAAUGAGCCGAUCUCCGACUGAUUGACAGCUGCGCGUCCGAUUGUGCGACGUCAUGGAAAUCCCGCCGCUCCUGGUGGCGCUCAUGGUGACGUCACAGGUGUUCGCAGACACGAGCGCGUCCUCAUCGGGCCAUCGCGUUAGCAAGCGCUACACCAUCAACCCGCUCGGGUACAAGUGGACGCACGCAAACAUCACGUACAGGUUGGAGUCGUUUCCCGACACGCUGAGCGCGGACGCCACGAGACAGGGGCUCAGCUCGGCCUUCUCCAAGUGGAGCGACGUGUCGCCGCUCAGCUUCACCGAAGUCCGCCAGCGCGACGCAGAUAUCACCAUCGGUAGUGCUACCCGCAACCCGGCGCGCGCGCGCGCGUCUGUGAGUGUAAACGGGCGUGCAAGUACGUGUUUCUACGCUUUGAACCACUCGGACUGCGCGUCGUCUCCUCUCCAUCCCUGUUUCGAUGGCAUCAACGGCGAGCUGGCCCACGCCUUCCUUCCACCACGUGGUGAGAUCCACUUUGACAAGCACGAGUUCUGGAUCAUCGGGAGGUCCCGCUUCAGCUGGAGCCGAGGCGUGUGGCUUAACGACCUGGUCCAGGUGGCAGCGCACGAGAUCGGCCACGUGCUGGGUCUGUGGCACUCGGCCCACCCGCACGCCCUCAUGAACCCCAACGCCACCACCACGGGCCAGAGGGACGUCGGGCCCGACGACGUCCGGGCCAUACGGAGGCUCUACGGCUGCGUGGACAAGCGGCGGGCGUGCGAGCGCUGGGCGGGCUCGGGCCUGUGCCAACGUCGCAAGCGGCUGAUGCUGAGGACCUGCCCGCGCCGCUGCCGCCUGUGCUCGGAGGCCCCGGAGGCCAUGACCACACCGCCGCCGCCCGCUAAUGUCAGGGUGAAGGUGGUCUCGCGCGGUAAGGUGGUGGGCUUCCGCUGCGGCACCAAGAACCUACCAUGGCCCGCACCCAAAGUCAGGUCAGCCCAGCCGCACGCUCUAUCGGGAGGGGAACCGCUAAAACAGGCAGGAUGCCCCGGAGAGAGAGGCGCGCGAUGGAGCUGGUACAAAGACGGCGAGCGCAUCGCUGCCUCGGUCCCGGGACAUAUUGCGCUGAAAGGUCGCGACCUCCGCAUCGUGGCCAACGAGUUCAACGAGGGCGUCUACACCUGCCACCUCCACGGCCGCGGCCGCGCCUCGGCCGCCAACUCCUGGAGCGUCCGACUCCGGAAGCCGGCCGGCUGGCCGCAGCUGACCCGCUCGCAAAGCGCCUCGACGUGACGUUGUGCUUCGGCGUCCGUUAGAGCGGGGCUGUCCGAAGCGGGCCCCGGAGUGCCUUUAAGAGUAUUUGAUGACGCUAGAUUCCUUUUCCAGUUUUCCCAGUAGAUUUGGCCGCUCACUUUGACUUCCCCCCCACAAGCACUGUGAGCGAUUGAAGCGCUCAUCCAUCUUUCAUUUGAUGACUUUCAGCUGCGAGCAAAGUGGCGUACAUCUCGUUAGCAUGCGAGCUACGCUAAGGCGGUGCCCUUUGAACUUGACUCUUAACAAGCCGGUGUCAGAUGGUUGACGUCUUUUCUUGUCUCGGCGGUCAGGUGGCAAACAUUUAGAAAGGGCCGGUCGCCGUGGAAACCAAGCGGGCCGCCUGAGAAACUUUCAUUAGAAAUGACUGACAAGCGCAGCCGACGAUCAACAACGGCCGUGAAUAAUACCCGUCACGUCGACGGCGGAUGCCGGUUACCGUGGCGAUGUGGUGGCUGCCUUUUAUUUAUCUUGGGUGUCCGCUCACGUCGCCUUUCCUUUUACUAAAUCUCGUUUGGGGUUCGCCAACGUUUGGCUUGAAUAAAAGUCACACUUGAGCACAAAA